AAUGGAAACAUAUUAUAGGCAUGUAUGUACUUCAAGAAGUGCUUAAGAAUUCAGUUCCUAUUCAACCGCGCACAGAAAUAUACAUUAUCUUUAUUUCAAGUAUGGUGACCAUAAAAAACGCAUUAUGUUUAUUGCUAAUAUUCUUUUUAACGCAUUAUACAGAGAGUGCCAGCAUUGAUGCGGAGAAUAACACAAAACCUGAUAAAGUUGAAGGCCCGCCAAGUGUAAAAGUAAAUUGUGGGCGUGAAAGUGAUUGUGAGAUUGAUGAAAAUACCAUACCUUUGUGUCGCUAUGAUGAGGAUGAGGGCUGUAUACGGAAAUAUGCCUCGAAAUGCCAUUUGGAUAUAGCAGCCUGUAAGGCUGGUACGAAAUACCCAGAUCACAGCAACGACUACUGUUCAAUGGAAACGUACUUAUGUGAGGAGGGCUACGAACGUUGGACGAUAUUCUUUGGAUAUGAAAAAGUUUAAUUUUGAAAUUGUCAAACGAGUGAUAAGAGAAAUAUAAGUACCCAUUAAUUUAGACAGUCGAUAUGAAGUAUACAAACGUGUGUAUAUAUAGUUAUAGGAAUAAAGAAACGGGCGUUCAAAAAACCUUUAUCAUGAAUGUUGAUGGGCGCUGUUAAUAGAUUAUCAUGAAUGUAUGUUUGUACAGGUGUAAUUGUAUUUUUAACGUUCGAGUGUUGCCGUAUGUCGUCAAUUAAAAGCCGUUAGUUUUAAAUUAUUUUUAAA